AAAUUCAAUAUGGAGACUGUGUUAAGUGAUCCUCAGUCAGAAACGGCAAAUUACUUUCCGACCGAUAAAUUCAAAAAAACAUUUAUCGCUUUUCUGUUGCUCAUGCAGAUGUACAUGGCGUGUAGUUUUAUUAUGUGGAAGUGGUGGGACGUGUUAAGCGAUAGGCUUAUUAUUUUUGGAUUUACGAUAAUUAUUAUCUAUGCCGUCGAGAUUCGUGUUUUAUUUAACAAUCUCGUAGCAUCUGUUGUUUAUGCAAAAGUCUUGGUUAUCGGUUUUCUGUCAAUGCACGUUACUCAAAUUCUUAUGAAACUUGAAAAAGAAUAUUCAACUAUGGAACAAAGUGGAAUAUUCUUACUUGCUGCAUUUAGGCCUUAUAUUACGAAGAAAGAACCGUUAUGGUUUGAACGAACUUUUUAUUUCGCCUUCAAUUUGAUAUUGCAGGAUUUAACGUUGUUGAUGAUUUCGGCGAUGAUAAAUGAAAAGGAAUUUAUCGAUCAAGAACGAUUAAACGUGAUGGAUCAUAAUAAGAAAAUCAUACGUGAAACUGUCCAGGCGUUAAGCCAUGAACUCAGAACACCGAUUCAUGGAAUUGUUGCCAGCUCCGAAUUUCUUGGGUGUUCUACGUUAAAUGACUAUCAAAGAAAAUUGGUAGAUACUAUCCAGAGUUCCGGGAACACUUUGAUUCAAAUGGCGGAUCGAGUUUUAACCUCUUUGGAUCUGGGACUGCAGGGCGAGUCACCAGUUCCAGUCGUCAAUUUCGAUUCGUACCAAGCUAUGGAAGAGAUAUGUGAUGGAAUGGCUAUCAUUUUUGAAAAGAAAAACCUGGAUUUUAAUCUAUAUUACAACGUGCCAUUGUCAUUGUCAGUGCUCAAGGGAAAUGUCGGGAUAAUAAAGCAGAUUAUUAUGAGCCUUCUUGGUUUGGUGGAUAGUGCCACCACUUCCCGUGAAUCGAUUAUCAUCAUUGUCGACUCGGAAGAGAUGAAAGAAAACGAAAAAAGACUGCUUAGAGUUUUAUUUGACAUUCAAGCAUAUGGCAAGAUUCUGGAAUUCGAUAAAGAUACAACGAGUUCAUCGAGUGUGUCACAAGACCGUGAUAACCUAAAUUUUACAAGAGGCCUUGUUAACCUGAUUGGCGGAAAUUUGGUUAUCGAGCGUAACCAACACACAGAAGAACAACAACAAGUAGUCCCGUCUCUACGAGUAAAGUUAUCGAUAGAAUUUCAAAUUAACGAAGAUGAAAUCAAAGAGACGACCAAAGAAAGACCGAUUCCUCUCAGAUAUUUAAUUAAAGAAUUGCCCGAAAGAUUGGAUGUACAUUCAAUUCUGAAAAUAGGCGUUCUCAAUUACGAGGUCACCGACCCAAUAUUACCGGAAUCUCUAAAUCUCAAAAUUAAAACAUUAGAAAUGCUUCAGAAAGAUUUCGGUCUUUCGGCAAUUUUGAUUUCUUUGUCACAAGGGAUUAAAAUUGACGAGAACGAUAAAGACUCGAUUAAUACGAUUAUCAUCGAUACUUGCUUUUUCUCGCAAGAGCAGCUCAUGGUUCUUGCGGAUACUUUUUCACGAAAGAACCAAAUUGUGUCAGUAUUGUUUGUUAACCUAUUGCAACAGGAGAAAAUUUAUAUUAUAUUCGGGAGUGCAGGCUUUGGAAAAAUAAAGCAUCGAUCGAUUAUAAAGCCGAUCACCAAUGUUAAGCUCUGGAAUGCUCUUGUUGACGUUGCGAUUGUCCAUCAACAACUCGAACAAGAGCGAGCAAAUCAAUAA